AUGAUUAAUCGAGUAGAACAUCGUUGGAAAUAUUGGGAACAGCCAUUGUUAUUAUUGUCUAUUGUUCUUCAUCCAACAUACAAACUUUCUAAAUUUAAUAAUACUGUUAUGAAUCUUACUUGGACGCAUAUUGGACAAUGGCUAAAGUAUUAUUUUCAGGCAUUCUUUAAUUUACCAUCACGAUCAAUUCUUAGUGAAAUGAUUAAGUAUAAACAUGAGGAAGAUCCUUAUGAUAAUGUGUCAUUUCAACAAUUUCAAGGAAAUUUACUUGACUUUUGGGAAUCUACAGCAGGUAUUGGUCCCGAAUUGGCUAAAUUAGCAAUACAUAUUCAUGGAAUAUGUAUUAAUUCUGCAUCAGUUGAAAGGCUUUGGUCUUCUAUGGCAAAUAAUCAACAAAUGUCAAAGUUUCGUAUUGCAACACCAAUUUUUGAUUUUGAAGAAAAUGAAUUAGAACCGAAUGAGAAUAUUAAUGGUAUUGAGGAAAAUGAAAAUAUAAAUAUUCAAGUUCCAGAAAAUAGUAUAGAUGAAUCUAUAGUUGAAGAAGAAGAUCAAUGGAUGAUGAUUAUUAAUCAAUGGAUUAAUGCAACUUUAAGUGAAAAUCGUGUAGAUGAUGCAAGAGAUCAAAUUUUUCUAAAUGAUGAAUUUAACGAAGAUUUUAAUUUAGCUGGAAGAAAUAUUCAUCCUGCAGAUGAUACUUUAGCUAAAUGGGAUUUGAUUACUUUAUUUGCAGAUAAUUUAGAACCUCCAUCUUAUUUGAUGGAUAGCUAA